GACACGGCAAUGACCCUGGCGGCUGAGGGGGACGAAGAUCUGUGAUCGUCUCGGGAGGCGCACUGCACUCGGUAGUUGUUAUAACACUUGGCAGCGUUGUGUCCUCUUUCAGCUGCGUGCUUAAUCCUGAAUCCAAACCCAGAUAAAUCUACCUAGCUACAAUGCCUGCUGAUCCUUGGGUUGGAACAUGGAGACCUCAUCGCCCGAGAAUGGCGAUUGCAGCUAUGUACAGCGGCCCAGGUCCCAAGUAUCUCCUGCCUGGACACACAGGUUAUGUUGGUCAUGAUGCAACCACACACAGGGCUCCUGCAUAUUCCUUGGCCCAGCGUCUUCCAGGGUUAAAGGACAGCAACACACCUGCACCAAAAACUAUUCCGGAAAAGAUGACUCAUCAUGGCAAGGAGACUGCCCCCGCGUGGACAAUGGGUCACCGGCCGAGGGACAUUGACCCGGGUAGAACACCAGGACCAGCGAAUUACAAGACAGAACAGGCAAAUAGAUUAGUUCAUCGCUCUGGUCCAGCCUACUCCAUGGCUUUACGGACAAUCGGGUUCAAGGGAAAUGAUGGCCCAGGACCUGCACGAUACAACGACGUGCAAGUAUUUGGACCUAAAAUCCCACAUCUGAAAGCAGCACCUGCCUACUCCAUGUCACAAAAAACAGCGUUUGGGAGCAUGCUGAGUAACAUUGUAAAAACUCCAGGGCCCUGUGCAUAUAAACACGUGGAAACUGAUGUAUACAAAAACAGAGCACCCACGUACAGCAUAGUGCAACGCAAUCUGAUUCCAGGAGACACCACUUUGAGACCAGGACCUAAUCGUUAUAGGACCGAAAAUGUGAAUGUGCAUAAAAGCUAUCCCAAAUACACGUUUGGAAUCCAUCAUUCCGACUACCUUACGCCUCUUAUUGUGACACCCACAGACUAAGAAACUAACGCAGAGUUCUUGGCAAAAUUCUAUCAACUUCCCUAGCUGAAAUAUCAAUUGUGCAUUUUUUAAAAAAUUUCAUUUAAAUAUUUGAUUCUUGUUCAUCCUAUGUAUGUGAUGUAAAACCUGGAAGUUUUUUUUUAUUAUGAGUUUGCUUGUGAAACGUAACCCCAGAAAAGCCAUGUAGUUGUCUAUGGCCCUUGACUGGAGAG